CACUUCACUGUUACUUCCCUCUUUCUUCAGAUUCCUUGUAUACAAAGAAGAAAUUCAACCAACCGAACCCUAAUUCCCUCACUUCUCAAUUGCAACUUUGCAUUCUAGCUCCUUUUCCAACAUUCCUCCGACGUCGUCAUCGUCUUCUCAGAAUGAAAGAAGCUAAAUCUGCUAAAGUCAACCACCAACAGCUGCUCCAGAACGCUCAUCUCUCUCCUUCCAAAUUCGCCAAAUUGCUUGACCCCGAAGCUUCCUGGGACAAGGAUCAAAUGGGAGAUAUGCUGCAUUGGAUUCGACAAGUGCUCGGUCUUGUAUGUGGAUUACUUUGGGGUGUCUUCCCAUUGGUUGGGGGAAUUUGGUUUAUCCUUUUUUUAGGGAUGUCCUCUGGGAUUAUAUAUGGUUACUAUUCAUUAGUAUUGAAGGUCGAUGAAGAAGAGUUUGGCGGCCAUGGAGCCCUCCUUUUGGAAGGGCUUUUUGCAUCUACAGCACUUUUCCUGCUUUCAUGGACUCUAGUUUACAGUGUGGCACACUUUUGAGUUCUGUUUUGCUGGACACAGUAAGUUCCGAUAAUAUGUCCAACCAUCAGUGACAUGUUAGAAGAUUUUACUUGAUUCUUUGUUGGACCAUAGUUAGCUUGAAACCAAUGAUAACAAUUGUUGGACCAUAGUUGUGUUAUACUUUCUGUGUAAAAGAAUGUUCUGGUUUUGCGGAGCAUUAGCAAUUUGCUUCUGCUCUCCAUGUUAAAUAGACGCUUCAAUUCACCUCGAAGUGUUGUAACAAAUUACGAAUUGCAGAAUUUAACAUCAAAAUUAUGUUUAUUCAUCCAUGAAAGAAACAUGAUUCAAGGGCAAAUUCGGAAGGAUACUAUGAAGUU